AUGUGGGGGUACCUACAGGAACUGUGCGGGGGGAAAGGAAUCGAGGGAAUUCUCAUCACUGGACACAGCCUUGGCGGCGCCAUGGCUACACUCGCUGCUGCCAAUUUUAUGUCGCAGAAUUCGUUGUUUACCAGUGCACUGAAGGUUUUGCUGUACACGUUUGGGCAGCCGCGCGUGGGAAACGAGGCAUUCGUCAACUGGCUUCUUGCAUCGUUUUGCCGCGGCGGCCAUGAGUCGUACCGCGUGACGCAUAAGCGGGAUCCUGUGCCCCACGUUCCCCCCAUGUUCGUUGGGUAUUUACACGUUCCCAAUGAGGUAUGGUACGACAAUGACGGGGACACGGUGCACAAGAACUGCAAUGAUGUCUUUGGCACACCGUGUUCUGCUUUGACCGCCGAUGAGGACCCCAAUUGCAGUGGCAGCAUCGUUCCCACUUCCAUUGAGGACCACCUGAAGUAUCUGGGUGUGUGUACACGCUGUUCAUGCGAUCCCGGGGAAGCAAUGAGCGACGAGGAGCUUCGCCUCCCACCCGAACUUGAAUGGAUUGUUGCAAUGGACUACGUUUAUCAGCAAUCGAGAAAUAUGAGGCGUUUUCCGUUUUCCUCACGCUUUACAAGGAGCCUUGAAGCCCGCAGAAGAAAAUGA